UACAGAAAAAUAAAAGUUUUUAGACGAAACAUCGAGAAAGCAAUGAUCCUUCUUUCGGUUAGUUUCUCCUCGUCAUCUCCGAUAGCCGCCGUAUUCUCCGUCGCGUUUCUUCUGAUCUACUUCUCUGAAGCUACUCUUGGAGCCCCUUGUCCGAUCAAUGGGUUUCCAAUCGUGAGGAAUGUAAGUGAACUUCCUGAGGAUAACUAUGGAAGACCAGGCCUUUCUCACACGACUGUUGCUGGCUCUGUUUUGCACGGAAUGAAAGAGGUUGAGAUAUGGCUUCAAACAUUUGCUCCAGGUUCAGGGACACCCAUUCACAGGCACUCUUGUGAAGAGGUUUUCGUUGUUCUUAAGGGCAAUGGUACUCUCUAUCUCGCUGAAACACAUGGUAGUUUCCCUGGGAAACCUGUUGAGUUCCCAAUCUUUGCCAACAGUACUAUUCAUAUUCCCAUCAAUGAUGCUCAUCAGGUCAAGAACACUGGUCAUGAGGACCUGCAGGUGUUGGUGAUCAUAUCCCGGCCGCCAAUUAAAGUGUUCACAUACGAUGACUGGUUUAUGCCACACACUGCUGCGAGGUUAAAGUUCCCUUACUAUUGGGAUGAGCAAUGCUUCCAAGAAUCACAAAAAGACGAGCUUUAAAGUAAAUGAAUGUUCACUCUUUUCAAACUCUUAAGUGAAGCGAGUCUUCUUGGUUUUGAAAAUAUGUAACAGAGCUACAUCUUAAUUGCAAUUUACCCACACUUAUUAGUUUGCACAACAGUUAAUGUGAUCUAUAUUUAUGUUUGUUAACAUACAUUCUGACAUUGAUCUUUAUACUUGUUCCUGUAUUAAUGCCAUAACAUUUAGACCA